UUAUCACACGUUUCUUCUAAACAAUUCAAGGUUAUGGCUGCAACAGAAAUCGAUCUUUAUGCUGGCGUUGGAGAGAUAGACACUGAUCUUAAUCAGUCUUCUGCUGGUUAUGUUGGUGAUAUUUAUGAAGAUGCUUUAGCUACCUCUGCGGUACAACAUCCACAACCUCCACAGUUUGUUCUUACUGGUCCAGCCCCUGCUGCUGCAACUGGUACUUAUGAAUACAAAUCUUUCACCACAAUUCAUCCGAAAUCUGCUCAAGCUCAGGCUGCUGCUUCACAAAUACCAGAUAAACCAAAAGGAAAACCAUUAUAUGUUGGAAAUUUUACAUGGUGGACUUCGGAUCAACAAUUGGAAGAUGCUCUGCAAGAAUGUGGUGUAACAGACAUUGUUCAAAUCAAGUUCUUUGAGAAUAGAGCCAAUGGCCAAUCUAAAGGGUAUGCUCUAGUUGAACUGGGUUCUGAUGUCUCGGUGAGAUUGGUCACAGAAAAACUUCCAUUGAAAGAAAUCAAUGGACAAACUCCAGUUGUAACUCCUGCUACAAAACCAAAUUUACAGCAGUUUGAAGUCACGGCCAGAAAAAUCAAUCCAUCAUUAAACAAUCAUCAAGAUGAUAUGGGCAUGGGUCGAGGAUUUGGACGGGGGUUUCGUGGUCGAGGAGGCAUGGUUCGACCUGGAUUUGGAAGAGCGGAAAUGUUCCCCCCUGAGAUGGCAAUGGCUACUCCUUGGAUGGGUCCCGGAGCCCCCAUGAUUCGUGCACCCGCCCCUAUUGUACCCGGUAUGAUAGCUCCGCCUGUUGAGGGAUUUCCCCCUGGUAUGGUUCCUAUACCCGGUGCUAUGGCUACUGCACCUCCACCCGUUGGCGUCGUUCCUAUUUCCGUUGAUUCCGGUAUCCCCAAACCACCUGUUGCUCCUCAUUUUAAUCCUGCUUUCUUUCCUCCCGAGGGUGCUCCCUCUGAUCCUAUGAUGCCAGGAAUGCUCCCUCCAGGCCCAAGAUUUGAAGGCGAUUUCAUGGGACGGCCUCCUGAUAUGUUUGGUCAGUUUCCUACACCCGGUGGUGAAUUUGAUGAAAUGACCCGACAGAAUCAACUUUGACCAGUAAUCGAUAAAAAGGCGAUGGUGGAAUCGAAUGCAGGUCAACAUGAGAUUGCUAUUGAGACAAUAGUUCAGGCGAUAUCAAUUAUAAAACAGUCACCUGUAGCUGCGGAAGAAACAAGCACGAUACUAGUACAAUCUCUUCAAGACUGUUUACAAGGUAUUGAGCAGCAAAUGAUUGCAACUUCGGCGACUGAUCGGGCUAAAUCCGCUAAACGGGAACGACGAUAUAGCGAUGAUGAAGGUGAAAGUGAUCGUCGACGAAGAAAGAGAAGAUCAAGGUCCGGCUCGCGAUCCCGAAGUAGGCGCUCAAGAUCACGUGAUCGUCGUUCUCGUUCACGUGAACGUGAAAAAUACCGCAGUCGAAGAUGAAAAUACUGUAAUGUAAACAGUGUUUUGGCGUUUGGCGUGUACGUAUGUGGUAACUAGGCAACGUUAGAAUUUACCAACCAACUAAAGAAGAUAAGAUGGUUUACUCAAGAUACCAGAUGUAUUUAUUAUUCUUCGUUUCUGUUCUUUAUACGAUUUUACUCGCUGAUGUACUCUAUGGCUGAUCUAGUGUAUUAUAAACACGAUUUUCAUUUCUAAGAUACGUAAACUAACUUGGUAUUGACAUCAGUAUAUUUUAAUACAAUUGUUUCCCCAAUCUGCUA